AUGUUGCUGUCUCCGGUGCAGCCUGUCACCAGCCAAGGGGUCUGCCACAUUCCACACCGGCCAGAUUUCCAGUCACAAGGCUCUCUCCCUCUGAGCAGGCUGGUUUUCCUGAGGAUGAGGGAGCCUCGCCCCUGGGGGAGAUGCUUGGGGGCAACGCUCACUUCUGCCUUCUUUCUCCUGGGCUGCUGGGGACGCUCCGAUUUCCAGCAGCUGCAGGAGCUCUUGUGGCUUUUGGCCACGGACGGAAAUGGAAUUAUUUAUCCUUUCCGUGAGAAACGAGAUAGGCGCUGGCUCAAGCUCCGGCCGGAGCCUCUCGUGUCGCUCUUGGCCGUGCCUGCGGACUUCGCUGGGGUGCCAGCCCCUUUUCCAAGUCAGGCCAUUGACGUAAAGGCUGUUGGGGACCAGAGGCAGGGUGGGCUAGCGGUCAGGGUGGAGAGCAUGCUGCAAUUCGACAUGGCCCCGCUCACCUGCAUCUGUGAGGAUGGGCCCGGGGGGCCUCCCUGCAGGGCCCCGAGCUGCUCUCUGCUCGCCCUGGGACAGCUCUUUGCCUUCUCCUUCCCGCCGGAGCGGAGCCUCCUCACCGCCUCCUUCACCAGCGAGCACGUACUGAACGCCUCCCUCCGGCUUGAGAGGCGGCCUCCCCAUCCCUGCUUCGCGGGAGGCUGCCCCCUGCUGCCCCUGGGCGCAGUGGCCAGGGUCACCUACUGCUCAGGCCACUUGGAGGGCGACAUCCUGGUGGGCGCAGACAGGUUCCGCGUCCAGCCAGUGAGGAGGCGGCAUUGGGAGCUGCUGCCUCCCCGGGUUCGUGCGCAGCCCCACCUGGUCCACAGGCCCAGCCCCGAGGCCCCCCAAGUCAUCCGAGCUCUGCCCCCUCCCUCACCAGGCCGUCCUCCUUCCCCUCGCCUUCGCCUCCGGAGAUGGGCUGCCGGCAGGGUCCUGCACCUGGAGCUGCUGGUGGCCGUGGGCCCCGACGUCUACCAGGCUCACCAAGAGGACACUGAGCGCUACGUGCUCACCAACCUCAACAUGGGGUCAGAGCUGCUGAGGGACCCAUCCCUGGGGACUCAGUUCCGAGUGCAUCUGGUGAAGAUGGUCACCCUGACCCAGCCUGAGGAUGCUCCGAAUAUCACAGCCAACAUCACGGCCUCACUGCUGAGUGUCUGUGAGUGGAGCAGGACUGUCAACCCCGAGGACGACACAGAUCCUGGGCAUGCCGACCUGGUCCUCUACAUCACCAGGUUUGACCUGGAGUUGCCUGAUGGUAACCGGCAGGUUCGGGGGGUCACCCAGCUGGGGGGUGUCUGCUCAUCCUCCUGGAGCUGCCUCAUCACUGAGGAUACCGGCUUUGACCUGGGGGUCACCAUUGCCCAUGAGAUUGGGCACAGCGCAGGACGGUUGCGCUGCCUGUGGGACCCGCCGGGGCCGCAGGCCGGGGCCGCGGGGAGCCCUCCCCGGGCGCAGCCCGGCCUCCACUACGGCGCGGACGAGCAGUGCCGCGUCGCCUUCGGCCCUGCAGCGGUGGCCUGCACCUUCACCAGGGGGCACCUGGACGUGUGCCAGGCUCUCUCCUGCCACGAGGACCCCCUGGACCAAAGCGUCUGUAGCCGCCUCUUGACUCCCCUCCUGGAUGGGACAGAGUGUGGCGAGCAGAAGUGGUGCUCCAAAGGUCACUGCCGCUCCCUGGCGGAGCUGACCCCCGUGGGAGCGGUGCACGGGCACUGGUCUAGCUGGGGUCCCCCCAGUCCCUGCUCCCGUUCCUGCGGGGGAGGGGUGGUCACCAGGAGGCGACAGUGCAGCAACCCCAGGCCGGCCUUUGGAGGGCGUGCGUGUGUGGGCGAUGACCUCCAGGCGGAGAUGUGCAACACCCAGGCCUGUGAGAAGACCCAGCUGGACUUCAUGUCUGAGCAGUGCUCCCGGACGGACAGGAAACCACUACACCUGUCCCCAGGCAACACCUCCUUCUACCGCUGGGGCUCCGCUGAGCAGUACAGUCAAGGGGACGCUCUGUGCAGACACAUGUGCCGAGCCAUCGGCGAGACCUUCAUUGUGAGGCGUGGGGACAGUUUCCUGGAUGGGACCCGGUGUGUGCCAAGUGGUCGGCGGGAGGACGGGACCCUGAGCCUGUGCGUGUCGGGCAGCUGCAGGACAUUCGGCUGUGACGGCAGGAUGGACUCCCAGCAGGUGCGAGACGCGUGCCAGGUGUGUGGAGGGGACAACAGCACGUGCAGCCCCCGCAACGGCUCUUUCACGGCCGGAAGAGCCAGAGCUUUCGGGGCUGAGGCUCUUUUUCCUGUACACCUGAAAUUUGCUCCCUUUGACUGUGAUGUUUACAGGCGCUAUGGGGAGGAGUAUGGUGACCUUGCGCGCCCAGACAUCACCUUCACCUACUUCCAGCCGAAGCAGCCACAGGCCUGGGCAUGGGCCGCCGUGCGGGGGCCCUGCUCCGUGAGCUGUGGGGCAGGGCUGCGCUGGGUGACCUACAGCUGUCUGGACCAGGCCAGGAACGAGUGGGCGGAGGCUGCCCGGUGCGAAGGGAGCCAGCGGCCGGCAGCGUGGCCAGAGUCCUGCGCCCCUGGGCCCUGUCCCCCAGAGCGCCAGGAGUCGGACGCGUGCUCAUCAGCCUGUGAGGCCCACCUGGCUUCGCACAACGGGACGUGUGUGCACGGGGCAGGUGGCCCGGACGCGCUGGCCACAGCCGGGCCCUGCUCCACAGACGAGAAGCUGCCCGCCCUCGAGCCGUGUGUGGCCACGGCAUGUCCUCCGGCACAGGGCCACACAGACCCCCGGUCUCUAGAGGAGGAGGCCACAUCCCCACCGGCCCCUGCCAGGCCGGGGGCCCGCGCCGCACACGUGUGGACUCCCCUGGAGGGGCCGUGCUCUGUCUCCUGCAGUCGAGGCCUGAAGGAGCUGCAUUUCGUGUGCGUGGACUCUGUCCUGGGGACCCCUGUCCAGGAAGAGCUAUGUGACCUGGGAAGCAAGCCUGGGAGCCGGCGGGAGGUCUGCCAGGCUGCCCCGUGCCCAGCUUGGUGGGAGACCCGAGCCUUGGCGCCGUGCCCAGUGACCUGCGGAGGGGGGCGGGUGCCACUGGCUGUCCGCUGCGUGAGGCUGGACCGCGGUCGCCCCAUCCCCCUGCCUCACUCCAAGUGCUGGCCGCUGCCCAGGCCCCGCCCCGUCCAGGACUGCAGUCCGGAGCCCUGCCCUGCCAGGUGGAAAAUCGUGUCCCUUGGACCAUGCUCAGCCAGCUGUGGCCUUGGCACCGCCACGCGCUCCGUGGCCUGUGUGCAGUUCGAUCAAGGCCAGGACGUCGAGGUGGACGGGGCGGCCUGUGUAGCUUUGGUACGGCCUCAGGCCAGCAUCCCCUGCAUCACCGCCGACUGCGCCUACCGGUGGCGUGUCAGCACCUGGACACAGUGCUCUGUCUCCUGCGGAGACGGCAUCCAGCACCGGCACGAUGACUGCCUUGGACCCGGGUCCCAGGCACUGGUGCCAGCCCACUUCUGUCAGCACUUGCCCAAGCCAGCCACGGUGCGGGGCUGCUGGGCUGGGCCCUGCGCUGGGCAGGGGACCCCCAGCCCGGCGCCCCCCGAGGAAGCCACUGCUGGUGCUCCUCCGGAGCGGCCCCGGCCCCAGGCCCACCUCCUCUCCCCAGCUCCCCGGCUUCAGGGGCUUCUGCCUGGGCCCCAGGAAAGCCCGGCUGUGUCCAGCGUCUGUGGCCGGCAGCACCUUAAGCCGACAGGAACCAUUGACAUGCGAGGCCCAGGGCAGGCUGACUGUGUAGUGGCCAUCGGGCGGCCCCUGGGUGAGGUGGUGACCGUUCAAGUCCUCGAGAGUUCCCUCAACUGCAGCACUGGGGACAUGUUGCUGCUUUGGGGCAGGCUCACGUGGAGGAAGAUGUGCGGGAAACUGUCGGACAUGACUUUCAGCUCCAAAGCCAACACGCUCCUGGUGAGGCAGCGCCGUGAGCGGCCGGAAGGCGGAGUUGUGCUGCGGUACCGGAGCCAGCCUGCCCCGGGAGCCUCCCACAGAGAGUGUGAUAUGCAGCUCUUUGGACCCUGGGGUAAAAUCGUAAGCCCCUCGAUGAGUCCACGUGGGAGGAACCUGGGGGGCUGCCGCAUCUUCAUCAAUGUGGCUCCACGGGCCCGCAUUGCCAUCCAUGCCCUGGUCACCAGCGUGGGCACAGGCACUGAUGCCAGCCACAUCUUGAUCCGGGACAUCCACAGCCUGAAGACGAUGACAUUCCGUGGGCAGCAGGCACUCUACUGGGAGUCCGAGGGAAGCCAGGCUGAGAUGGAGUUUAGCCAGGGCUUCAUGGAGGCGGGCGCUAGCCUGUGGGGCCUGUACUGGACCCUCGGAUCUUGAGUGCAGGAACCUGGCUGGGCCGUACCCUAGCUUCCUCUCCAAGCACAAACCUCCAGUGCCCUGCGUGCACAGUAGGAUGUCUCCUCCAGGUUCUGGAAAGGAAAGAAACGAACUUGACAUUUAUGAGCACCUGUUAGGUGCCUGGCAAGCCCCAGAGGGUUGACUCUGGUCUCUGAGUGCUUUCCAAUUUGAAUUCCGUCCAAUCUUAAGUAUCUCCUUUAGGGCCUCCUCCAACAUGCAAAAGGCUAGGCGGCGGGAGGCAGGGUCUGGACUCUGUCUGGAAAGGCAGUCACCAAGUCCCUCUGUACCAAUAAACGGA